CUGUGAAGUCACUCAAACACGUGUCGCGUCACCACAAAGCGCUCGUGAAGUUGCGCGAGGUGCUCAGUCACCGCUGCUGUUUGUCGUGAGGUAAACAUUGUGAAAUCUGUCUGUCUGCUGGGUGAAAUACAAAUGGAAGUAAUGGACAGCCCUCUAAAUCGUGCCCAUCAUUUUGGCCGAAAGGCAGAUCAGUUGGUGGCAAAGGAAAAAUUUGAAGAGGCAAUUUUAUGCCAUAGUAAAGCAGCAGAGCUGAUGAAAGAGGCCUUGUCAGUGACACAGAGUGAACAGGUACGACUGUCUUUAGAGCUGCAGAGAGAUAGACAUCUCCAACAGCAGCGACUGAUCAAGAUGAGCCGCAAACAGACUAAACUCAAAGAAAAGGUCCUGGUCAGCCUGAUAACAGACUGCACCAGUCCAACAGCCCUCCAAAGUCCUCCACUCGGCUGGAAGGCUGCCAAAGACGACAAGACUCGGCUGGAAGAGCAGAGCACUGCCAUCGCUGACCUGUGGAAGCUUGUGGCGGUUCUGCUGCUGGAGAACAAGCGGUUGCUGGAGGAGCAUGAGAAACUGAAGGCGGAGAAUGCUAGUCUGAAGAGAGACCUGUAUGAGGAGCAUCAGAGUCCUCCGGCUUCUCUAGAUCAGCCUUCACCGCUGGGCAUGAAGCUCCUGCAUGUGCCUCCUGACCUCCAGCAGGAGAUCCAGCUGCUGCUGAAGACGGCAAAUGACAGCUAGACCUGCAUCCACCUACAGCACCACUCAAAAGAUUGGAGAAUUACAUUUUUUUUGGUCUAUUGUCUCUUAUGCUGGCUGCAUUUAUUUGAUCAAAGAUAUAGUACAACAGUAAAAGGGAAAUAAUAUUACUAUUUAAAACAAGUUUUUUUAUAUUAAUGUAUUUUAAAAUGUAAUUCAUUCCUGUGAUGGUAACGCUCAACUUGCUUAACCCGAACUGUUGGAUGGUGUCUUGGUUUCCACAAAUAUUAA